GAGGCCUGUCUGCCUUGCUGCGCAUGGUGUCAGGAGCAACCCUCCCCCACCACUUCGGGGGGCUUUGGGGACCCGAGGCUGCCUGAGUGGGGGCGGGUCACGGUCAGCAGUGAUGAAAAGCCAGGAGGAGGCCGGCAGCCCGAGAUGGGGCCCAGAGUGGGUGGGCAGAGGCAGCCGGAAGGCCUUACACAUCUGGCUCGGCAAGAUGUCGGUGAGGGAGGGCGCCCAGCGCAAGUGGGCGGCGCUGAAGGAGAAGCUGGGGCCGCAGGACUCGGACCCCACGGAGGCCAACCUGGAGAGCGCCGACCCCGAGCUGUGCAUCCGGCUGCUGCAGAUGCCCUCCGUGGUCAACUACUCCGGCCUGCGCAAGCGGCUGGAGAGCAGCGACGGCGGCUGGAUGGUGCAGUUCCUGGAGCAGAGCGGCCUGGACCUGCUGCUGGAGGCGCUGGCGCGGCUGUCGGGCCGCGGGGUGGCGCGCAUCGCGGACGCCCUGCUGCAGCUCACCUGCAUAAGCUGCGUGCGCGCCGUCAUGAACUCGCCGCGGGGCAUCGAGUACAUCCUCAGCAACCCCGCCUACGCGCGCCAGCUCUCUCUCGCCCUGGACACGUCCAACGUGAUGGUGAAGAAGCAGGUGUUCGAGCUGCUGGCCGCCCUGUGCAUCUACUCUCCCGAGGGCCACGCCCUCACCCUGGACGCCCUCGACCACUACAAGACCGUGUGCAGCCAGCAGUACCGCUUUAGCGUCAUCAUGAGCGAGCUCUCCGACAGCGACAACGUGCCUUACGUCGUCACCCUGCUCAGCGUGAUCAACGCCGUCAUCCUGGGCCCCGAGGACCUGCGCACGCGCACCCAGCUGCGGAGCGAGUUUGUCGGGCUGCAGCUGCUGGACAUCCUGACCCGGCUGCGAGACCUGGAGGACGCCGACCUGCUGAUCCAGCUAGAGGCCUUCGAGGAGGCCAAGGCCGAGGACGAAGAGGAGCUGCUGCACGUGUGCGGCGGGGUCAACAUGAACAGCCACCAGGAGGUCUUCGCCUCCCUGUUCCACAAGGUGAGCUGCUCCCCGGCGUCCACCCAGCUGCUGUCCAUGCUGCAGGGCCUCCUGCACCUGGAACCCACCCACCGUUCCAGCCAGCUGCUCUGGGAGGCCUUGGAGAGCCUGGUGAACCGGGCCGUGCUCCUGGCCAGUGACGCCCAGGAAUGCACCCUGGAGGAGGUGGUCGAGCGGCUCCUGUCCGUCAAGGGGCGGCUCCGACCAAGCCCCCUGGACAAGGCCCACAAGAGCGUCCAGGCCGACCUAGGCCAGGGUCAGAGGGGCAGCUCCCCUGAAAACGGCACUGCCCCCGAGGCCAGCGUGGAAGGCCAGCAGCCCGCAGUGGCCCAGGCUUGGCAGCUGGUGGGCAGCAACCAGAGAGAGAGUGGCGGGGAAGCCCCACAGCCAAGAGCCCUGGAGCAGCGGACACCCGCCCCACCCCCACCGGCACCCCCCCUCCCCAGCUCUACCACGGGGGCCCCUCCCCCUUCCCUUCCACCCCUACCAGGCCUGGGGGCCACGUCCCCCCCAGCACCCCCUCCCCCACCCCCACAGUCAGGCCAGGGGGCCAUUCCCCCUCCAGCACCCCCUCCCCCACCCCCACUGCCAGGCCUGAGGGCCAUGGCCCCCCCAGCACCCCCUCCCCCACCUCCACCCCUGCCAGGCUCCUGUGGGCUCUUGCCCCCACUGCCUCCACCACUCCCGGGCAUGGGGUGCCCACCCCCACCCCCACUUCCUGGAGCAGGCUGGGGCCCCCCUCCACCUCCACCCCUGCCCGGCCUCCCUGGCCCUCCCGCAGUGGACAGCGUGGAGGAGGUCAUCGUGGCCCAGGUGGACCACAGCCUGGGCUCGGCCUGGGUGCCCAGCCACAGGCGGGUGAACCCGCCCACGCUGCGCAUGAAGAAGCUGAACUGGCAGAAGCUGCCGUCCAAGGUGGCUCGUGAGGGCAACUCCAUGUGGGCGGCGCUGGGCAGUCCGGACGCCGAGGCGGUGGAGCCCGACUUCUCCAGCAUCGAGCGGCUCUUCUCCUUCCCCGUGGCCAAGCCCAGGGAGCCGGCCGCUGCCGCCCCCGCCAGGAAGGAGCCCAAGGAGAUCACGUUCCUCGACGCCAAGAAGAGCCUGAAUCUCAACAUCUUCCUGAAGCAGUUUAAGUGCUCCAACGAGGAGGUCACCGGGAUGAUCCGGGCCGGGGACACCACCAAGUUCGACGUGGAGGUUCUCAAACAGCUCCUCAAGCUCCUUCCGGAGAAGCACGAGAUUGAGAACCUGCGGGCGUUCGGAGAGGACCGAGCCAGGCUGGCCAACGCCGACCAGUUCUACCUGCUGCUGCUGGGCAUCCCCUGCUACCAGCUGCGGGUCGAGUGCAUGCUGCUGUGCGAGGGUACAGCCGUCGUGCUGGACAUGGUGCGGCCCAAGGCCCAGCUGGUGCUCGCCGCCUGCGAGAGCCUGCUCACCAGCCACCAGCUGCCCGUCUUCUGCCAGCUCAUCCUGAGGAUCGGGAACUUCCUCAACUACGGCAGCCACACAGGCGACGCUGAUGGCUUCAAGAUCAGCACGUUGCUGAAACUCACGGAGACCAAGUCCCAGCAGAACCGCGUGACGCUGCUGCACCACGUGCUGGAGGAAGUGGAGAGGAGCCACCCAGACCUCCUGCAACUGCCCCAGGACCUGGACCAGCCCUCCCGAGCCGCGGGGAUCAACCUGGAAGUGAUCCGCUCAGAGGCCAGCUCCAACCUGAAGAAGCUUCUGGAGACAGAGCAUAAGGUGUCGGCCUCGGUGCCUGAGGUGCAGGAGCAGUACUCGGGGCGCCUCCAGGCCAGCAUCGAGGCCUCCCGGGCGCUGGACAAGCUCUUCGAGGACAUCGAGCAGAAGCGGCGGGAGCUGGCCGACUACCUGUGUGAGGACGCCCAGCAGCUGUCCCUGGAGGACACCUUCAGCACCAUGAAGACCUUCCGCGACCUCUUCAUCCGAGCCCUGAAGGAGAACAAGGAGCGGAAGGACCAGGCGGCCAGGGCAGAGCGCAGGAAGCAGCAGCUGGCCGAGGAGGAGGCGCGGAGGCCUCGGGGCGAGGACGGGAAGCCAGGCAGGAAGGGGCCCGGGAAGCAGGAGGAGGUGUGUGUCAUCGACGCCCUGCUGGCCGACAUCAGGAAGGGUUUCCAGCUUCGGAAGACGGCCCGGGGCCGCGCGGACGCCGACAAGGGCAGCAGGGCGGCCGUGGGGGACCCCCCAGGGGCCAUGGAGUCUGCGGCCAGCAGGGACCCUGCAGGAGACCCCAGGGGUGGCACCCGCCGCCCCACCUCUGGGCCAGGCCUUGAUGCUGCAGCCACCAAGGAGCCCCCAGGCUGGGACCUUGUGGACGCCGUGACCCCCGGCCCGCAGCCCGCCCAGGAGCCGGCAGAGGAGGGUGGUCCCGGGCGCCUGGAGAGGCGUUCUUCCUGGUACGUGGACGCCAGCGACUUCCUCACCCCGGAGGACGCCCAGUGUCCGCAGCCCUCGCAGGGGGCCUGGCCAGUGACUCUGGGCGACGCUCGGGCCCUGCAGCCCCUCAAGUUCUCCAGCGAAAAGCCCCCUGGGGCCCCAAGUUCCAGCCAGGACGCCGAGGGCCCCGCGUCCUCGGGGGACAUCCGCCGGGCCGAGGCCGACAGCACGAGCCAGGAGGAUGCAGCUGUCCUGGGCCGCAGCGCCGGCCUCCCGGCUGCAGGCCUCGGUGGGGACGCGGACGAGGAGGACCCGGCCCCGGAGUCCGCACUGGACACCUCCCUGGACAGGUCCUUCUCUGAGGACGCAGUGACUGACUCCUCGGGGUCUGGCACCCUCCCCAGGGCCCGCCGGGCCUCGAAGGGGCCGGGCCGGCGGAGGAAGAAGCGCGCGGCAAGGAGCCAGGAAGCAGAGGUUGCCCCCGAGUGUGAUGAUAGUAGUACAAAAAGGCUGUGUGCCAUCCAGUGAGGCCUCAGGCCCAAGCCCAAAGCCAAGUGACAGAGCCCGCAGUGGCCCGGGCGCAGCAGCGGCUGCCGGACGUGCUGCUGGGCAAGGCUUUCCCGGUGGCCGGGCUGGGACUGGGCCCUGCGAAACCACAACUCCGUGCCUUACCCGGCCAGGGCCCUCCCGGAGCCUUCCGGGGUGUUGUGGCCAGGACCCCGACAGGCACCGACGCCCGGCGCCCUCCUGACUGCCUGCACGCACCCAGCGUCCCGCCUGCUCCCCCAGUG